AGCCUACAUUGCCUUGACACGAAAAUUGACAAGUUUUCUCCAUUCUCCUCCCCCCUCCUCUGCAAAAGUUGUCUUCCUCCUAUCAUAUCGCGGACCCCAUAUUUUUUAUUCUUACACCAUUAAACUAUUCUCCUCUUCCUCCAUCAUUACCCCCUGCUCGCUUACUUCUCACCUCUUUUUCCCCUUUCCUUUCCCUUCGCAGGAGUCAUCAUCAACCAGAAACUUCCCGCAGUCCACCGAAGCGUCGGCAUCCCGCUGAUCGGACCAUGCCUUCUUGUUGAUUUGCACAACGACUUCCUCUCCCUCUCCAUGAAACCUAGCGUUCCGCCGGCGCCGCCCCCGGCCACUCGCCCUCGCCGCCGUCCCGACCUCACCCUCCCCAUGCCCCAACGCGACCCUUCUCUCGCCGUUCCCCUCCCCCUUCCCCCUCCUUCCUCCACCUCCAUGCCGACUCCUCCUUCCACCAUCGGUCAAUCCCUUCCCACCCCCACCCCCUCCCACCCCACCCGCGGCAUCGGCAGCGAGAGCGGCGGCACCGUCUAUAUGGUCCGCCACCGAACCACUGGCCGAACCUUCGCCCUCAAAGUCAUCUACGGAAACCACGAAGACGCCGUCCGCCGCCAGAUCUGCCGCGAGAUCGAGAUCCUUCGGACGGCUGAUAACCCCUUCGUGGUCCGGUGCCACGGCAUGUACGAUCACGCCGGCGAGAUCCAGAUCCUUCUCGAGUUCAUGGAUGGCGGAUCGCUCGAAGGCAAAAAGAUCUCAUCCGAACGCUUUCUAGCCGAGUUCGCCCGCCAGAUCCUGACCGGCCUCGCUUACCUCCAUCGCCAAAAGAUCGUCCACCGCGACAUCAAACCCUCGAAUCUACUAAUCAACGCCGCGCGCCAGGUCAAGAUUGCUGACUUUGGGGUGAGCCGGAUCCUCGCGCAGACCAUGGAUCCCUGUAAUUCUUCUGUGGGGACGAUCGCGUACAUGAGUCCCGAGAGGAUCAACACCGAUCUGAAUCAUGGGAUUUAUGAUGGUUAUGCCGGAGAUAUAUGGAGUUUUGGAUUAAGCAUAUUGGAGUUCUAUUUAGGGAGGUUUCCUUUCGGGGAGAAUUUAGGGCGGCAGGGCGAUUGGGCAAGUCUUAUGUGUGCUAUCUGCUACUCAAAUCCACCGGAGGCUCCACCGACGGCCUCGAAGGAGUUCAGGAGCUUCAUAUCUUGCUGCCUGCAGAAAGAGCCGGCACGUCGCCUUACAGCUCCCCAACUUCUGCAGCAUCCCUUCAUCACCCAACUUCAGCCCCCGCCAUUACAGUCUUCUUCUUUAUGUACUUCCAACUCGUCUCAUCCAUGAGCACGAGCUUCCCAGUGAAUUGAAUUGAUUGAAAGGAUGCUGGGCGUCGAUUCAAAGGUGUGUUGACACUCUUCUUUGGCAUUUGGUUUUUGCUCUUUGCCACUUUUAUCAUCAUAUAAUCUGUGGAAUUCUACUUCCCAGCUCAGCUCCUAUCAAAAAAGGGAUUUUUCUAUCCCCUCAUUCUUAAUUUUUUCAAUCUAGAUCUUGAUCUCUCGAAUAUGGCGAUGAGGAGCCGUGUGGUGGUUAUAAAUGUUAUUAAACUUUGGGAUGGAAAUGGAUUAAUUGAACUAUUGUAAGGAGGAACAGCAAAUUCCAAGUUGGGCAAUCACUCCCUUUUUCUUUUC